AUGCUCAUUUAUGACCACCAUCACACCAUCCAGUACACCAUCACCAUUAGCAAUGCACACCGCAGCACCACUACCGUCCCUCCUUCUCCAUAUGAAAAAACCCUAAUUGGUAUGUGCUUACAGCUUUUCACCUUAAAGUAUGUUGUUUCUGCCCCACCUGAAGUAUUUACAUUUGCACACUGCGAAAGACAAGUGGCAUUUGUUGAUGCAGUCAAUACUCCCAAGUUUCAAUCUGGGUAUGCAAAUCAUGCAUGGUUAUGCCUUGAUCUUUUGGAGCAUUGCCCUAAAGUGUUCUUAUAUGGGAUGGCCCAUGUUAAUGCGCCAUAUAAUGUCCUGCAACAUGAAGUUUCUUUGGUUGUUCUUCUGGAAACAGAGGGGGAGUGA